ACGUUCCAUAAAUUUCCGUAACCGAACAACAAUCAAAUCGCGUUUCGUCUUUUCACAAGAAGAAAUACUAAACUACGACAUUCAUAUCUGGAACUGAAGCUACGACGCGUGCGCAAAUUGUGACGUUUAAUUUCGUGCGGUAUCGCGUAUGUACGAACGCCUUUUUGUGCUCCUGCCAAGACGCUUUUCAUACUAUUUUAUAUUGAGGAGUUUUAGAAAUAAAAACUUCUAAUACACGUACUGAUUUGUAGUAAUAUGAGUAAUGCACCCAACCAAAAUGGAUCAGGUCUAGAGCAGCAGUUUGCUGGUCUGGACUUGCAGACGAGUCGCUCCUCUAGCGGCCGUUACGUGCCCCCGCACCUGCGCAACAAGCAGCACGUGAGCAGCGGCGGAGGCGGCGGCGGCGGUAGCCAACAGUCGGAGCCGUCGUCGGGAGGUUAUCCCGAUAACAGGGAUCGCGAUCGUGAAAGAGACAGAGACCGAGGUGAAUCAAGGGGGGGAAACGCCCGUGGCGGAUCCUACGGACGCGGCGGAGGCGGCGGCCGCGACAACCGGGCCGGCGACUACAGCAGCUUUAACACAAGGAACCGCGGCGGCGGCGGUGGCGGCGGACAGGGCCGCGACGGCUAUCAGAAUGGCGACGCCUAUGAGAGGGAGGAGUGGGGCGGCCGCGGCAGCGGCAGAGAUCAUCGCGACGGCGGUGGCUCCGGCAGAUAUCAGGAUAGGGACCGUGACCUGCACCGUAAUGACCGCUGGCAGGAACCUGAGAAGCCGCGCGACAACGGCCGCUGGCAGGAAGGAGGCGGCGGCGGCGGCGGCGGUCGCUGGAACGACGAACGCGGAGGCGGCGGACGCAGGAACGACGCCGACUGGACCAUACCGUUGCCGCGUGACGAACGCCUGGAGGCCGAACUGUUCGGCACCGGUAACACGGGCAUCAAUUUCAGCAAGUACGAGGACAUACCGGUCGAGGCCACCGGUGACAAAGUCCCCCGCCACAUUUCAUCUUUUGAGGAAGUACAGUUGACAGAGAUAAUUCGGUCGAACAUCGCGUUGGCCCGUUACGACACGCCGACGCCGGUCCAGAAGUACGCCAUCCCGAUAAUCGUGUCGCAUCGCGACGUGAUGGCGUGCGCGCAGACCGGCAGCGGCAAAACGGCCGCCUUCCUGGUGCCGAUCUUGAAUCAGAUGUACGAACGCGGACCGCCGAACAUACCGGCGCACGGCCGCAGCCGUCGCAAACAGUACCCACUCGGUCUGGUGCUGGCACCGACCAGAGAACUGGCCACCCAGAUCUACGACGAGAGCAAGAAGUUCGCCUACAGAUCGCGCGUCAGACCUUGCGUCGUAUAUGGGGGUGCCCACAUUGCAGAACAGAUGCGCGACUUGGACCGCGGUUGCCACUUACUGGUGGCAACUCCCGGUCGUCUGCUUGACAUGAUCGAUCGCGGUCGCAUCGGACUGGACUAUUGUCGGUAUCUCGUGCUGGACGAGGCCGACAGAAUGUUGGACAUGGGUUUCGAGGUCCAGAUCAGACGCAUCGUCGAAAAGGAGACGAUGCCACGCACUGGCGAAAGACAAACGCUCAUGUUUUCGGCCACGUUCCCCUCACCAAUUCAGAUGCUCGCCAGAGACUUUUUGGACAACUACAUCUUCUUGGCUGUCGGUAGGGUCGGGUCCACCUCCGAGAACAUUACGCAAAAGGUUGUUUGGGUGGAAGAACACGACAAGCGUUCCUUCCUUCUCGACCUGUUGAACGUGGCUGAACUGAAUCAGCCGUCGGCCGAAAGCUUGACCCUGGUGUUCGUCGAGACGAAAAAAGGGGCCGACUCCCUGGAGGAGUUCCUGCACAACGAGGGCUAUCCCGUGACAUCGAUCCACGGCGAUCGUACUCAAAGGGAGCGCGAGGACGCGCUGCGUCAGUUCCGUUCGGGAAGCACUCCGAUCUUGGUGGCCACCGCCGUGGCCGCUCGUGGUCUCGACAUUCCCCACGUCAAGCACGUCAUCAACUUCGACUUGCCCAGCGACAUUGAGGAGUACGUCCAUCGUAUCGGUCGUACAGGUCGUAUGGGUAACUUGGGCCUUGCCACGUCGUUCUUCAACGAUCGCAAUCGUAACUUGGCCUCGGGCAUGCUGGAUCUGCUCGUGGAGGCCAAACAGGAGUAUCCCAGCUGGCUGGAAGGCGUGGCGGCCGAUGGAAGAAUGCCCAGUGCCGGACGUCGUGGCGGUAAAGGACGUUACGGCAGUGGCGGCGGCAACUUUGGCAGUCGCGAUUACCGUCAGCAGUCUGGCGGUAUGCAGCGCAAUCAGCGGUCGUCGGCUGGUGGUGGCGGCGGUUACGGCAACAGCUACGGAAAUGGAGGUUAUAAAAGAAGUGCCCCCUCAUAUAAAGGACACUACGGAGGCAUGGACCGCGGCGGAAGUUACGGCAACAAUUACGGUAACUCGAACACCAGCCGCGACGACUGGUGGGAGAAUUAAUAUGCAACGGAUAAUUGUUUUUAGCAAAGCCUACCAUCCCCCUCUACUUAUCCCCCCGAAAACGGCCCUCCCCCUCAGUUCAAUCGAACGCUAUAUCCAACGCAAAAGUUUCCUUUAUAUUACUACUAGUACAACUGCAACUGUGUUUUCAGGGCAUUAUAUAUUUAUAUAUAUACACAAAAAAAAAUGAUAACCAUAAAAACCUGAACGUUGAUUUUUUACAUUCAUCGUUGUUUCAUUCGUACAUGUAUACUUGUAGUUGGACAACUCCUCGUAACAUUGUAUAAUUAUUUUAAUUUAUUGAAGUGCUGCAGUGUGAUGUUUGUACAAUAGGACAUUUUUCGUACUUUGGUUGUAUUCAUUUCUCUUUGAGGCACCCUGAAACUGUUUCAUCUUAACACUGAAGUUGGAGGUGGAGGUACCUCUGAAGCAUAUAUAAUAAUUCAUUUAAUUAGUAGGUGAUUACAUAUAGUUACUACUAUAUUAGAUAAGAAACUAAAAAAAAAACACAUAUGUUUCACAAAAAUAGUUUGUAUUUAUCAUGUAACGAAUGUAUGAUUUAUUUCUUUAUUUAAGGCUGAUGUGUUGAAUCAAAUUGGGUGAAUCUUUGUUAGGCAAGGACACUGCAAGUUAAAUUCACCCCUGUAUUUCAAAUAAGUUGGUGAUUUAACAUAUCGUGCAAUGUGGGUUCGUUUAAUUGUUUUAAUUUAAUUUUUUUUUAAUGUUUUGCUAUCCCAUUACAUGAUAGCGUGUGAUCUUGAAUAAUCAUUAGAAAAAAAAAACUGCGACAUAAGUAUUUGUUGAGCCAAAUGAUAUAUAAAUAAUUUAUUUUAAUUUUUUCUAUCGUUUCUAAGUGCAAACGUUUGAAGCGUAACGUUUUUGAACUCUCGACUAAAGGACAUUCUAGUCUUGCCGCCGACUCGAUGCCCGGAGGCGCCCCCAACCCCGCUGGGGCGCCUUCGGAUUUUAAACGCGGACACUGGGCUCAAAUAGCGUUGCAGUUACAGCUAUUUAGGGCGCUAAGAGUAUUCUGAACACGACUGUGAUAUUUACCGAUCUAACGUAAUCAUACACGAUUAUUAAGUAAAUACAUAAAAAAUAGUUUUUAUGGUUGGCACAAAAUAUAUAAAUGAUUAUUUGAAGCAGUCGCCAUGACUCUUACGAAUAAAUCUUAGCGUAUGAACAUUAACUGAUUAAGUUAAUUUUAAUUAAUAGUUUAAUAGGAACAAUUUUUAAUGAGUGCAGUUGGUCUGGUCUGGACGUGCCCUUAAGUUAACAAGAAUCUCUCUUUUUUUUUGUCAUUUGUGUGAGUGUGGUGAAACAUCUGACCGAAUUGCAACACGUCCCGCCGCAGAUCAGACUGUGUGCUUAUGAUUGUUAGAGUGGGCACAUGUUUUGUGCCUCUAUAUUUCUAACUGAAGUAUUUCAGGUUUUUUAUAAAAAUAUUUAUUGUAAUAGCUUACAAGCCUUCGACUUGUACGUUGUUUUAUGUUUAGUAGACUAUUAUUUAUAAGUUGAGUGAUAGAUUUUCGGUGUGACUGCGGGACAUUCGUGCAAAGGCCGCCUCUGUUUCGAAAAAUUCUUUUUUAGGGACCUGUGUAAUUUAUUAGGUAGGGGAACGUAGUUAAAAAGAGUGUGUGUUGCAUAAAAAUUUGCGGUCUAUGUGGUAAUGUCCGGUGAACACGAACGUACUCCCUGUGAUAUGGUUAGAAAAUUCGUGCCUAUUCUAACAGAAUGUGGAGAAAGCACAUUCUAUCAGUUAAACUUGACAAAAAGAAAAAUAUAUGAAACAAAAGCAAAAUGGAAAAUCGAUAAUGAAAAUGAAUAAUAAAUAUUGUAGGAGCUGUGACUGCAACCGUGUGCAUUUUUUAUGUCUGUGGAAGUACUUAACAUUUUUGGUGACGCGCUUUAAAAAGAUAAACUGUCUGUUAAUGAAAAUGAUAAGUGGUUUGAACAGAGAGUAAUUGUUAUUAGUUGGAAUAAAAUACCUAAAAAAAGGGAUGGCAAAAUGCUCCACUACUCUCCGUUGUAUUCGCCGAGAGUAUUUAUCAAAUAUAAUUUUAAUGCAUUUACAAUUUGUUCUGGUAGAAAAUGCUGUUACAGCAUGAAAAAUAAUUAAAGAUAUUUAAACCUCAA